CCAAGCAGCAAUACAUACCCAACGAAAUCGCCAGCUUGAAAACGUAGGCUGCUUGUCGCCCUCGCGGGAGGCUCCACUCCGUUCAAGGCUAGAAGGGUUGUGUGGGGCAGCCGGCUCGGAAGGGACCAGAACGCGGCCAGUUAUGGGCCACUGGGUGUCCCGCUACUACCUGGAUCCGGCCUACUCGCCGGACCACCACAGCGCACCCACCUUCGAGCCCAACUACGGCUUCCCCACCGAGAGGAAGGAGCGGGUGAUGGUGGCGACGGAGGAAGAGAUGUCGAGUGCCAAGCUGGAGCCCGAACAGCGCGGAUACUGCGCCCACAAGCUCAUCGCCUUCAACAGGUGCAAGCGAGAUCAUUGGCCGCUGGCCUACAAGUGCGCUCACGAAAAGCAUGAACUGGCCAACUGCGAAUACGACGACUACAUGCUACGGCUGCGCGAGUACGAGCGCGAGCGGCGCCUGCUGCAGCGGAAGAAGCGGCUGGAGGAGCGCGAGCGGAAGCUGGCCGCCGAGGAGCUGGUCGCCUGACGUCUGGACGUGUAGCCGAGCUCUGCCGACCUGUACCGACACUGUGUGUGUAAAUAGAGACGCGUGGGACGUGUGGA